CCCCCCCCCUCUCUCUCUCUCUCUGUGUGUGUCUAUCUAAGCAUCUACAACAAUAAAUAAACCAGACCCCCAUUUAGAACAAAUGGGGAGGCACUCUUGCUGUUACAAGCAAAAACUAAGGAAAGGAUUGUGGUCACCAGAGGAAGAUGAGAAACUCUUGAGGUAUAUUACCAAGUACGGCCAUGGUUGUUGGAGCUCUGUACCUAAACUAGCCGGUCUGCAAAGAUGUGGCAAGAGUUGCAGACUGAGGUGGAUUAAUUACUUGAGGCCUGAUUUGAAAAGAGGCACAUUUUCACAGCAAGAAGAAAAUCUUAUAAUUGAACUUCAUGCAGUUCUUGGGAACAGGUGGUCACAGAUUGCAGCUCAAUUGCCAGGAAGAACUGAUAAUGAAAUAAAGAAUCUGUGGAAUUCUUGCCUGAAAAAGAAGCUGAGACUGAGAGGUAUUGACCCAGUAAGCCACAAACCUCUAUCAGAAGUUGAAAAUGGAGGAGAAGACAUGAACAAGACUCCAACAAAUAGUCAAGAUAAGGUUUCUGGGUUAUCCAGUGAACUCAACCUUCUCUGCACCGACAACAAUUCAAGGCCUCUGACCAAUUUGCAAGAAAAUUUACCUUCUUCAGUUUCUUCUGGACAAAUUAAUGGCAGCAAUAGAUAUUCUUCAACCUCCCCUGAUGAAGUUUCUGGACAUUUUCCUCUCCAGAAUCAAUUCAAUUAUUUACCAAAUUCAAACCCAAAUCUGUGGUUGACCCAGACAAGCAAAUCUUUUGAUAUGAACUCUGAAUUCACUUCCACUUCGUCUUCAAUUCUUCUCCCAAUAAGCAACAACCCUUUUGUUUCUUCAACUCCUCCCAUGACUUACAGGCCUCACAUUACUCUUCCUUCUGAAACUCCCACUCUGGGUUCGUUCACCAUUAAUGGUUCUCGAUAUUGGGAGCCUGGUGCUCCAAGCAAUAACAGUAACAGCAGCAGUGGAAGCAGUGGGAACUCUGAUUUACAGAAGAACAGCUCCUUCUUUGAGAACAGUUUAUUUUCUUGGGGAUCAUCAGGAGAAUGUGGAGAAACAUCAAUGAAAGAGACCCAAAUUCACCAGUUACUGGAAACCCAACAGAGUGAAGAAAUCAAGUGGCCGGAGUAUCUCCAAAAUCCAGUGUUAAUGGCCGCCGCUUUACAGAAUCCCCAGUCUCUGUACAAUGAGAUUAAGUCAGAAUCAUAUAUUUUGAGUGAUAAUUCAAGUGGGUUAUGGAAUCAUAAUCAGCAGCAGCAAGAGAACACUGAUUUCCACAGAAUUACAAUGGCGUACGGACAGUUAUAGCUUCGAAUUGAUUGAAAAAACGCUUCUUCUUCUUCUUCUUCUUCAUCGUCGUCGUUUUCAUGGUUGAUUAAAGGUUUGUGUGCCAAUUGAUUUUUCUUCUGUAUAUAGUCUCUCUUUUUUCCCUAAACUUUGUUGGGUUUGGUUAGAAUUGCAGAAUAAAGUUUGUUCUGUUGUCUUCUUUCUCUUCUUUGCUUCAUUGGGUAUGAUUUAUAGUGUUGCAAUUCUUGUGUGUAAACAAAGGGAAAAAAAAAGAAAAAAGAAAUCACAAUUGCUAUUCAUCAA